AUGAAUGGUGGAGCUGAUUCUAAGAGCUAUGCUCAAAAUUCCAGCUAUCAGAAAGGGGUGAUUGAAGCUGCAAGAGGUGAAAUUUUACAAGCAAUUAAGGAGAAGCUAGAAUUCAAAAACGACUGCCCAAGGACAUUUGUGAUUGCUGAUUAUGGCUGUUCCAGUGGACCAAACACAUUCCUUGCAAUGCAGAAUGUUGUUGAAGCAGUGGAGCUAAAGAACAAAUCUCUGCAACAGAGCCCAACCCUCAACUUCCAUGUUUUCUUCAAUGAUCUUGGAGACAAUGAUUUCAAUAUUCUCUUCAAAUCCCUCCCUUCACACCUAAGAUACUUAGCUGCAGCUGUACUUGGCUCCUUCUACGAGCGUUUAUCCCCCAAUGCUAGUCUUCAUUUGGCAUAUUUAUUUUAUGCACUCCAUUGGGUUUCCAAGGUUCCAGAAGAAGUUAGAGAUCAUACUUCAUUGGCAUGGAUCAAAAGCAAGACAUAUUGUUCGGGCACCAACAAUUUCUGA